AAAAACCCUGCCAAGUGCAAACCGGACUACAGAGAGAUCCCCCGCAGACUCGGUCAGUCAGUUCAUUUCUGAUUGCUACAAUUAUUAAUUACCCUUUACACUUGUUCCUCUCUCUCUCCUCUCUCUCUCUCUCUUUCUCUCUCUUCCUUUACACUUGUUCCUUCCUGAACCACUGUGUUUCCUUCUCUCUCCUUCACACCCCCACACGCCCCGCUACACACAGAUAUUCACUGUAACUUAUUUUUUUUUUCUCACAACAAUGGCGGCGAUAACGAAUCUGCCGAGUGGGACGCCUGCUUUCGCUUCUCAAGUCGAUCGUCUUUCUUCUGCGAAGAAUAUCAGUGGCUUGUUUAUCAAAUGCGAAUCGAGGAGGAGCCGUCAGAGAGUUUGCCUUACUAGAUCAACCAGGAUUACCAAUAGCCGCAGCUAUGGCGACGGGGAAUCUAACGCCGUCGAUACUACGUUCUGGCCAAACGGCUCUGCAAUAUCCGCCUCUAGCAACGAUGGUUUCCGGCUGCCUAGGGUUCGUGUAAAUUCUCAAAGAAAAACAAAGAUAGUUUGCACUAUCGGUCCUUCCACCAGCUCACGUGAAAUGAUCUGGAAACUGGCAGAAGCUGGAAUGAAUGUGGCACGCUUAAAUAUGUCUCAUGGUGACCAUGCAUCACAUCGGAAGACCAUAGAUCUGGUCAACGAAUACAAUUCUCAAUUUGAGGAGAAGGUCAUUGCUAUAAUGCUAGAUACCAAGGGUCCUGAGGUUAGAAGUGGAGACUUACCACAGCCAAUCUUUCUUGACGAGGGACAAGAGUUCAAUUUUACCAUUAAAAGAGGAGUCAGUACAGCUGACACUGUUAGUGUUAAUUAUGACGACUUCAUAAAUGAUGUUGAGGCUGGGGACAUUUUACUUGUUGAUGGUGGUAUGAUGUCAUUAGCGGUGAAAUCAAAGACAAAGGAUGUGGUGAAAUGCGAAGUAGUUGAUGGUGGAGAACUGAAGUCAAGGCGACAUCUCAACGUGCGUGGGAAAAGUGCGACUCUGCCUUCAAUAACAGACAAAGACUGGGAAGAUAUUAAGUUUGGCGUGGAUAACCAGGUAGAUUUCUAUGCUGUUUCUUUUGUCAAGGAUGCUAAGGUGGUCCAUGAAUUGAAAGAAUAUCUCAAAAAGUGCAAUGCGGAUAUUCAUGUGAUUGUAAAGAUUGAAAGUGCUGAUUCUAUACCAAAUCUUCACUCUAUCAUUUCUGCAUCGGAUGGGGCAAUGGUGGCUCGGGGUGAUCUUGGAGCUGAACUCCCAAUUGAGGAAGUCCCUUUGUUACAGGAGGAAAUCAUAAGAAGGUGCAGAAGCAUGCAAAAGGCAGUUAUAGUAGCUACAAACAUGUUAGAGAGUAUGAUUAAUCACCCAACUCCGACAAGGGCUGAAGUUUCUGAUAUCGCAAUUGCAGUACGAGAAGGUGCUGAUGCAGUAAUGCUCUCAGGAGAAACGGCUCAUGGGAAAUUUCCACUGAAGGCUGUUAAAGUAAUGCAUACUGUGGCACUGAGGACUGAGCAAAGCCUACCCAUCACCAUCAGUUCGCCAGGUCAAUCUGCUGUCUACAAGAGCCAUAUGGGUGAUAUGUUUGCUCUCCAUGCAACUACAAUGGCCAAUACUCUGGCAACUCCCAUCAUAGUUUUCACAAGAACAGGUUCCAUGGCAAUAAAUUUGAGUCAUUAUCGGCCAUCUUCGACAAUAUUUGCUUUCACAAAUGUAGAACGGGUGAAGCAGCGACUUAUCCUUUAUCACGGUGUUAUGCCUAUACAUAUGGAGUUUACGGAUGAUGCGGAGGAGACCUUUUCACUAGCGGUGAAGCUUUUAUUGAGUAAGGGUCUGGUGGUUGAAGGGCAGUACGUCACUCUAGUCCAAAGUGGAGCACAACCCAUCUGGCGUCGAGAAUCAGCUCACCAUAUUCAGGUUCGCAAAGUGCAGAGCUGAUUUAUGUACUAGAAAAGCUUGCACUGUAUAAAAACCGUCAUCAUAUUAUUUGCAACAUGUUGAACUAAAAUUGAAUGAAUUAAAUAGUUUGGAUUUUAAUUUUUUUUUUAAUCAUCUGGACCCGUUUGAGGCUUUUGAGGGUUCGAUAACGAACCCUAUCAGUUUUGUUUCGAUAUGAACGUACACUAGCGAGAGCGACAUUGAGACUUACAGUUUAGAAGUACAAGAAAGGAGUUCAAAUUUGUUAUAGUGUGAUUGUGGUUGCUUGCUUCUUUAUCUUGAGCAGUAAACUGAGUCACCUUCAAGGAAGGGAUUAAUAUUUCAUUUCAUUUAUAAUGUCAUCAUAUUUUAUAGUUUU